GUAGUGCUCCCGGGGCACUCGAAGCCGCUCCACAGACUUCGCCGCCCCGGCAGGUGUCCGUAUCCGUCUGUCCCCAUCCCGCUGCCGGGCGCUAUGUCGCCGACGGCCCCGUGAGGCAGCGGUGCGCGUUCAUUGGCUGAUCCGGCCGUCCCCUCGGCGCUGAUUGGCGCGGUGUCUCGUCAGUCCGACGCUCCGCCAGUGCAGCGCUGAAGGCGCGGCGGUCGGAGAGCGUGCUGAGAAGGGUAGUGUUGUCGGGCACUGGGGGCUGUUCGCCAUGGCUGGCGUGGAUCUGUUCUCGCAUCCCGCGCUGUAUACACGUUACCGGGCAGGGCUCUGCUCCGCCGCUGCCCUGGCGCUGUUGCUCAUCACGGCCCUCACCUACGUGCCGCCGCUGCUGCUGGCAUACCGGAGCCACGGUUUCUGGCUGAAGCAGAGCGCGUACCUGGAGCAGCCCACUGUUCGUUUCCGGUACGAGGUUCUCUUCGUCGCCACCAUCGGGUCUGGCCCGGGCAGCUUCUUGGCGUGGAGCACAUUCCCAGCGUUCAACAGACUCCAGGAGGACCGGCUCCGAGUCCCGCUCCUGUCGACUCGAGAAGAAGACAAAAAUCAAGAUGGCAAAAUGGAUCAGUUGCAUUUUAAAUUGGAACUUCCACUACAACCAACAGAGCAUGUAGUUGGUGUUCAGCUGAUUCUACUCUUUUCCUACCAGCUUUACAGAAUGUCAACUUUUGUGAUGCAGAGCAUGGCUUUUCUUCAGUUUUUUUCUCCUGUGCCAGGGUCUCAGCUCUAUGUGAAUGGAGACUUGAAAUUAAACCAGAGGCAAUUACUUAACCAUUGUGGACUGGAUACCAGAUACAAUGUAUCUGUGGUCAAUGGCACAAGUCCCUUUGCAAGUGACUAUGAUCUAGUAAACAUCAUUGCAGCAUAUUGGGAUAGAAAUGUGACAACAGUCUUUUCAGAUCCCAGCCCUGUUUGGAUGACUGGAAGAGCAACAGAUACGCCAUUUAUCAUUAAUGCCACCAUUCAUUACCCAGUGGAAGUUAUCUUAUAUCAGCCAGGAUUUUGGGAAAUUAUUAAAUUUGCCUGGAUCCAGUAUGUCAGCAUCCUCCUUAUCUUUCUUUGGGCAUUUCGUAGGAUUAAGAUGUUUUUAUUCCAGAAUCAGGUGUUGACUACAAUUCCAGUAUCACCAGUUCUUCCUGUAUCUCCAGUACUAGCCUACAAACAGCACCAGUCCUGAAGACAUGCCUAAGAACACUUCAUAGAAGUGCCAUUCAGAAACAGUUACCUGAUUUUAUUCUCUGUAUACUUCUUACAUCAGAAUUUUGUAAGCAUGUUCCAGCUGUGCUCUGUGCUUCCUUUUUAAAAGACAUGUUCAUUCAUCUAAUUUCUUCAGGAACACUGCUUUGGAGCUGGAAAUUUUUAUAUUUUUGACAGUUAAAGAAGAGCCUAGUUAUUUUUCUGCAACUGGAACAUGCCUCAAAAACCAUCUUGAAAACUGAAAAUAAUGUGCUAAAAGUAACAACAUUAACUGUUUUUACUUCUUGUAAAUCAAUUCACUGCAGUCUUAGAGUUGUCAGGAGUUAUUUGUGUGUGCAUUUAUGUGCACUAUGAAAUGAAAAAAUGCAUGGAUAAGUUGAGGUCAGAGAUGCACUUCUGUAACUGCGGCUAUACACACUCAGCAAUUUAAUUAUUAAAUUGGAUGAUGAAUAAAUUAAAGGUUGAAAUAAGAAACCAGGUUUUGGGUGACAGUGUGUGCAAAAUUUGCACAACCAUUUACAAUAGGCAUUAUUACUGUAGCACCAGACCAUUAAUUGUGAAUAGUAAAACAGAGAAUCCUUGUGUCUAUUGAAAGAAAACUAGCAAAAUACUCUACCAGGGAUGCUUCAGAGUUUCAAAGUAAGUGAAUAAUUGUCUUCAGAACUUUAAUAGUUUAGAACAGAUAAAAGUUAUAAUCACCUGGUAAAUAUUGAAAGACUGUGUCCCUUGUUCUUGAUGGUGGUGGUCAUGGGGAAGAUUAUUUUAUCUUCUUUUUCUGGGCUAACUUUGUUAUGCCAGACAAGCUUACAAGAGAAGACAACAUAAUUUCCAUUAUGUUUUCAGUUUUGCAUUAAAGAAUUAAUUCUAGCAAAACAGUGUUAUGGCAGGACAGAACUUAAAACAAUUCUAGAUGCUAGAAUUCUGCAAAAAAUUCCAAGUGUCUUUGGUUCUCUUGAACUCUUAAGACAUGGUGCAGCUAUGAAAUAUGAAAAGAGCAGCUUAGCAGUAUGCCACCUUUUUGGCCAUUGUCCUCUAGAAUUCAGCAUCCUGGCAGCUGGGAGAGCUAUCUUUUCCAAAAGUCUCCAGAUUGGUCUUGGAUCUUUGAAGUCUUUCUGUGGCAGCGUAGAGUUACUGAUAACUGGCUUCAUGUCACCAUCUCCAGAGUCAAAGCAACUGUCUACUGCUUUUUAGUGCUUCUAGCCACUGCACCGCAAGAAUGAAGGGGGUUGUGACCUUGUUUCUCCCAUAUCUCAAGCUAAUAUACAUCUGGUGUGCUCUCCUUUGCAGCAGUAAUGGUGCUUGUGUGACUGCGUGAGCUAAUUCAGGGAGUUCAUUAUGGUGAAGAUGAUCUUUACCAAAUAUAUAAUCACUUUUUCAGAUAAGUCAGUUCCCUGACUGAACUUGGUAUGUGUC